CAAGGGAGGACCGUAGGCUUUAAUAUUUUGAAUGAACUUUGUACCCCUCCCCCGGCUUGUAUUAAAUUUCUAGAAACAGACUCACGUAACUGUAAUAUCGGUAAUAUGGUGCAUGGUCACUCGGACCAUGGCUAAGCUGUUGAACUCGUUUUGAUAUCCUAUUUAUAUAUGUUCCCUUUGUUGCCAAAAAAAAAAAAAAAAAUUGCAAAAUUCUGGUUAAUACUUCCUCAACGGCGUUUCAGUUGUAGUUCUCCCUCACAAACAAAUUAUAGAGAAAAGCAUUGAUCAGCAUCUCACUCCAAAAUUCACUCUGCUCUCUUUCUUUCUUUCUCUCUCUUCAAUGUUCACACCCGAAAUCACCAUUACUUUAGGCCGCUCUCGUCAGGUAGUGAAGAGGAAACCGUCGGAUUUAGCGGGAAAUAGCUCUCAUUCCUACAAAUUUUCUGCGAGAAAUAAAGACGCUUCUAUUUCGUCUCACCAUAAAAGGCUGCGGGAUAUUGCCGUGGAAGAUCAUUUAAGAAAUGUUGGUGAAAAUGGUUUGGGCCUUGACAGAAAUGAUCUCCGUCACAAACUGACCAAGAGAAGGCUAUCCAGUGAAAGCCGUAUUGUAGUUACUGGUGGUGAGAAGAGGGCGAAAUUCAAAGGAGAAUUCUCUGGUGCACCUGCCAAGUCAUCUAUACGUUCUAAUGUGCUUCAGCAUGGCCCUCAAUCUGAAAGGGAUAUAUGUUUCCAGAGAGAUCCUUACAGAGAAGCUACUAGAGACUUGUCCUACUUGGACUCAUCGAGAAAUUAUUAUUCUACCGUGACACGAGAUGAUUUAAGGCAGAGAUCUCCUGCAAGACCCACUUAUAAUUCCGGCUAUUUGUCACCACCAACUUUUAGGACAGAAAUGCAGAAAGUGACAUCAACAAGAUCAAUUGAUCCCUUAGGUAGUCGACAUGCUUGUAGCAGUUCUGUCCCUGUUCCAGCUAGAUCAACUCUACCACCACAUUUGAUGACGUUAGCGGAGUCAAGAAGGGACGAAGCUGUGGCUUUGUUUCCAUCAUCAAGUGGCAGUGUCCCAAGAAGUUCGUUCAUGGUUGAUCCAUCUGUGACUGUUGCUGGUUUGUUAAACUCACUUGGUUUGGGCAAAUAUGCUAUCUUUCUUCAGGUUGAGGAGGUGGACAUGUCAGCUUUGAAGCAGAUGGGGGAAAUAGACUUGAAAGAUCUGGGAAUACCAAUGGGGCCGAGGAAGAAAAUUCUACAGGCUGUCACUGCUCUCUCUAGGAAGCAAUUGCCUGUGCAACUAUAGCUAGCUAAAGUUGUAUGUUUAUAUUUUGUACUGUGACCAUUGUACACAACUACACAAGCUUUGUGAUCGUCACAUCUUUUUUGCUGUGAAGUUGAGAAGUUGUGUUAUCUUACCCAAAUGUAUAUAUACUGCUGCAAUGCUGUGCUUGCAUUUAGUUGACCUGGUUUAGCCAUAUGCUGCAUGCAUGGUUCUUAUUCUUAUAGGUUUCCUGAAAAAAUGUAAGUCGGAAUAUAUGAUGUUGUCUUUCGUUCAAAGCAGCUUAUUUGCUCUCUA